CCCUGCCAGUCCGUCAUUUCAGUUCCAGCGAGGAAGUGAGACGCACUACCAUCUCACUUGUGACAUUUAAAGCCACAGUGAAACCAAAGCUUUUUUUUUUUUCUUCUUCUUCUUCUUCUUCCAAAUUUCUGCUUAGCAUCCCACUCUCAGGGAGGACAUUAGUUCAGUGGAUAGCCUGCUGGGAAGCUCUUCUUUACUGAAUAAAUGGAGUAAAAAUCUCUUUCCACCCCGUUCCUCCUCUCGUCUUUGUAUUUCAGUCGCCUCUGGUGUCAGGAAUUUCAGUUUCACCCGGGGAUUUCUAUUGUGCUGCCAGCUUGUCGCUCGGUCCUCUCUGCCGCCCCACUGGGUCUCUCCAUCUUCUCAACCCCCCCAGCCAGGAGUCUAAUGCUUGUCGAAGAUGAGUCCUGCGCUAGAAGCCAUCAUGCAGGCAGAGCAGCAGCGAUAUUCUAGCAAAGGGGUCCUGCUCGAGCCCUUCGUUCACCAGGUGGGGGGCCACUCCUGCGUGCUCCGCUUUGGGGAGCAGACCAUCUGCAAGCCUCUCAUCCCCAGGGAGCAUCAGUUCUACAAGAGCCUCCCUCCCGAAAUGAGGAAAUUUACCCCACAGUAUAAAGGCGUGGUGUCGGUCAGCUUUGAGGAAGAUGAGGAAGGGAAUCUGUGCCUCAUUGCCUACCCCCUGCACAGCGAACAGGGGGAUCUGGAAAACGUUGAUCCCACUGCCAACCUGGAGCCCAAACACAAGAUGCUGAAAUGGGGCAAGAAGAAACCACCCACCCUGCUCACAGAAAGUGACCACUACACCACAGACAGGACCAGGCAACUGCGUAAGGAGGACAAGAUCAAGAGCCACAACCGUGAGGACAUUCAGAAGGCUGAGGUGCUCUACUGCAGUCUGGAGAAGGGCAAGGUGGUGCCUCAGAUCAAGCACAACCCCUGGAGUCUCCAGUGCCAUCAGCAACAGCUGCAGAGGAUGAAAGAGAACGCCAAACACCGCAACCAAUACAAAUUCAUCCUGCUGGAGAACCUGACGUGGCGCUACAAAGUGCCCUGCGUGUUAGACUUGAAGAUGGGCACACGCCAGCAUGGCGACGAUGCCUCAGAAGAAAAGAAGGCUAACCAGAUCCGAAAGUGUCAGCAGAGCACAUCGGCCUCCAUUGGCGUGCGACUGUGCGGCAUGCAGGUGUACCAGUCUGAUUCAAGGCAGCUCAUCUUCAUGAACAAGUACCAUGGGCGCAAACUGACUCUGGCAGGCUUUAAGGAAGCGCUCUUCCAGUUCUUUCACAAUGGACGACGGUUGCGUCGUGAGCUUCUCUCCCCGGUGCUGCGGAGACUUCGAGAAAUGAAGGCGGCACUCGAGGCCUGUGAAUCCUACCGUUUUUACUCCAGCUCCCUGCUCAUCAUCUAUGAUGGCGAGCCGCCACGUGCCCGGCGCCCCUGCCACCGCGGUGGAGAGGAGGGCGAGGAGGACGAGCCAUCGGAUGAGGAGGAAGAGGGGGAGGAGGGGGGCAGCGCGUUUGGGUACCACAGUGGGGGUGCAGCGGCUCCAAGUGGCCGGAACCCAGGCGGAGAGGGCAGCCCCAUGGUGGACGUGCGUAUGAUCGACUUCGCCCACACCACGUGCCGACACUACGGGGAGGACAGUGUCGUGCACGAGGGUCAGGACAGUGGCUACAUUUUCGGCUUACAGAACCUCAUCACCAUCAUCUCUGAGCUGGAGGACCACAGUGCUGACUAAAGUGUAUCUUGAACUGAAAUCUUGAGUGCAAAUCCAGCCUAAUUCUGUGCGCACAUUCAAUGCCACGACCCCCACACCCGCUGACGGGCGUCAGGGGAUGUAGGAAAGCUGGACAGGACAGCAGAAGUGAACUGACAGUCAUCACAAGACUGAAAUGGAGAAAGCAGCCUGCUUUCUGCCCGUUCUUUCCUUUGCGUAGGAGUGUUGACUUGUACUCGCGAAUGAAGGACAGUGGAGUCGGACACCCGUGCUCUUUUCACCAGCUCUGACUCAUCACUUCCUGCCUCUCUCCCACUGUUACAAGUCAUCGUAGUUUACAUUUUUCCUGUCUCCUAGGAAAGAAAAAAAGAUAAGCUAAUUAAGGAAAGAACAAAAGUGUAAACAGGUUUUAAGAAAGCAUGGAAAAAAAAAUCAAGCAUUCUCUUAUCCAUCCUACUCCCACUCACCUCUUUGUAUGAGCUGACCAUUGGACAGAGAUGCUUCUACUUGUAGACAUGUCUUUUCCUACUAGGUUCAGUUACACACUCAUACAGACUUGUGAUGGGCAUCAGGAUGACGGAGACCAACCGAGGGAGGGAGAAGAGAAACAGACUGCAGGACUUGGAGAGUCAGGGUCAUAGGGAAGCGCCUUUUUGAGUCCACACCCCCCUCUCUCUGCCUCCACUUUGCCAAGUUAAUAAUGGAAGGAUGAAGGGAAGAGGAGUAGGAUCAAGAAGGCUGUUUUGGGAAGGAGGGAAGAUUCAUGGCACUAAAACUCUUACUCCACCCCAAUCCCUGAUUUGUAGUCCUUCCUCCCACCUUCCCCUUUUCAUUCCAGCAACUUUGCCUGAGGGGGAGAGUAUGUAUUGAGAUUAAUUACAGGAAACAGAGACCUUUAUUAUAGAUCUUUAUUUAUUUCAAAUAUUUGUUAAUUAAAAAUAAUGAAAGCUGACUACAUUCCAUAUUCUGUGUUCUUGUUAUGAUGUUAAUGAACAUUGGCUUUGAGAAGUACCUCUUAUAUAAGUGUGUCAGCAGUAUGU